CCACUUCCGCUUCGCUUGGUAGCCACUCCUCUCAGCCUCUGUUGAUACUUCCUCGCGCGUGUAUCUCGUCAGUCGGCUUGGAGCCACGUGCGUGUGCUCGAGAAGCUCCAGCACGCCAAACGCAAGCCUCGUUUGCGAUCGACUUUGUACUUCCUACUCGUUAAUAACACCUGACAAGACGUUUCACUGUACGAACAAAGAAACUCAAUUAGCAGAAGCUCUUAAGUGCGCGAUAAGAAGUGUCUCUCGGAAAAAGUAAUCGAUGUUGGAAGACAGAACAGUAGAACGAUUCUUUCGAAAGAUUGUCGACCAGUCGAAGAGCUAGCCACCCUUACCCAAAGGAGUUAAGGUGUUCAGUCGAGAAGCGUCGAGUGUCUACGGCGAUAGUCACCGAACAGUCUGCACCGUUGCCACGAAAAAGCAGGAAAGAACCGCGCAGUCUCGACGGUGCGUCUAAAACGACCAGGAAACCAAAACCCGAAGACAGAUGGUGGAGGCAAGGAGGACUAAAAAUAUCGGCCGUUGGCACGCCGCUGGCUUGCUGUACUUCAACUUGAACAAUUUUACCGGCUGGAGAACGUACCGUUCCAUGGCCGUGCGUCGACUCUAAUCCCGCUGAGAACUCGCAGACGUUGCGUUGGUUGGUCAAAGGAAGGAUCGUCGAAGCGGUGCAAUCCUCCUCGAGAAAGUACAAAACAAUUUAUUGGUGUCUUUUCUUAUCGUUUAAUAAUCCAAUCUUAAUGGUAACGGACAGUAUCGGUGCAAAAUCGAUAAACUUUUAUUCUCGGUUCAGUAAAACGUUGAAUGAUGGUCGAACUCGUGAUUCCUCGAAAUAUGGCUACAACAGAUAAGGAGCGUACGAACGAGAGCAGAAGACUUCUAACGAGCGUCGAGUGGUCGCUUUGAAGCUGCCCCGUACCACGGGGCCAUCCAGAAGCGGCGUCGUCGAGGGAAAAGGCUUUUAGCUCCUCCUUGAGGCCCAGGUUCUUCCACUCAUGGUGUUUUACGGCGAGCUCGUUUGAAAUUCUUCGCGUGGAGUCGCGGCCGUAUUUAUAGAGCCGCGCGCGGACUCGCGAGUUCGCGCACGUAGAAUCACGCGCGCGCGCGCGUAAAUCUCCUCUCCAGCAAGGAGGAGAGAAAGGAGGAAAGGAAGACGGUGGUGGAAGUUCGAAGGGAAACGCAGACAAACAGAGAGGAAGGAAGACACGCACCGUACAAACGGAGAGAAAACGAGAGAACGAAAGUUGCGUCGACGAAGGGACGAGCACGCGGGCACGUCGCGAUCAUGAAGCGAUGUAUCCGCGACAGGAGCACCGGCCCGCUUCGUCGUCGAGCACGUCCUCGACGUCGUCGAACUGUCUGCGCUCGCUGCCCCCACUGGCAGGCCUCGAUUCACAGGGCAUGAUCGCUCGACUGUUGGGGGCGAAUGCGUCCCUCCUGUUCCUCCUGCUAUUUCUCGCCACGAUACGCUUCGCUGUCUGCCUCGACGACGUCUCGAGCGGAAACGAGACAUUCAUGAGCGACGGGAACAAUGGCACUAGCUGGCAGCGCGUGGUCGGUCAGAAUUCUGCUGUGGUGCAAUUACCAAAGAACAGAUCCACGAAAUUAUCGUACUUCACGAACUGGAGCGAAUGGAGCGUGUGUGAUCGACACUGUACGCAGAAUCGUGUUCGAAGGUGUCGCGUGAAGAAAAAAUGUAGCACCACAAUACUUAGAGAAGAACGAACCUGUCAGCAUAACAGGAAGAGUAGGUGGAGGAGAUGUAAGCAACAUCAGCGACGAGGUCAUCGACAGAAGGAUAAAUUUCAUGUUGUACAGGUGCCUAGAAAGGAAGCAGAACCUAGGCAAGGAAGGCAGAGAGGCAAAGACCAAACCGUAGGAUAUUAUGGCAAAUGGAGUAGAUGGUCACCCUGUACAAGAUUAUGUACCACUCAACGUCACAGGUGGUGCAAGAAACCUGGAAUUUGCGGUCGCGACGUGAUAAGGGAGAGUGCCUACUGUUACGUGGAGGGUAGCUUCUGCCAAAGAUGGAUUCAUCGAAAAAUUCGUGGAAGCCAAGAAGAGGAUAGCGAUGAUAUCGUAUUAGACGAGUUCGAGUUGAAUCCCAACACAGUCGAUAGUUUUAUUCCUGAAAAGAAUUCUCAUACUUGGAGAUGUGGAGUUCCGAGCACUCAAAAGACAUCUCGACUCUCCUAUUUUACGAGGAUCAUCGGUGGCCGCCCAUCGACUCCAGGAAGUUGGCCCUGGCAAGUUGCCGUGUUGAACAGAUUUCGUGAGGCUUUCUGUGGAGGUACUUUGGUUUCACCAAGAUGGGUAUUAACAGCUGCACAUUGUAUCAGGAAACGACUUUAUGUUCGCAUUGGGGAGCACGAUCUGACUGUGAAAGAGGGCACUGAACUGGAAUUAAGGGUGGAUUCGGUCACGAUACAUCCCGAAUACGAUGCAGACACAGUGGACAAUGACGUCGCUAUGCUGCGUCUUCCGGUUACUUUAACAGCAUCACCGUCCAGAGGAAUCGCUUGUCUCCCAGCGCCUAGCCAGCCUCUACCCGCCAAUCAACUGUGCACCAUUAUUGGUUGGGGAAAAUCGCGAGUCACCGAUGACUACGGAACCGACGUUCUUCACGAGGCACGGAUACCCAUAGUUUCUUCAGAAGCAUGUCGAAACGUCUACGUCGAUUACAGAAUCACCGAUAACAUGUUCUGCGCGGGAUAUCGUCGCGGGAAAAUGGAUUCAUGCGCGGGUGACAGCGGAGGUCCGAUUCUGUGUCAGGAUCCCAGGAGACCCAAUCGUCCGUGGACCAUUUUUGGUAUCACUAGUUUCGGCGAAGGUUGUGGCAAACGUGGAAAGUUCGGAAUAUACGCCAGACUAUCGAACUACGUUCGCUGGAUCAGUAAAGUGAUGAAAGAAACUGAUGAUUAUGAUUGAAAUCUUCACACCUUCACACACCUGUGUGUUUGGCUCUAAUUAUUGUGCUCAGUGCUAUUAACUGUGACCCGUAGUAACCUUUGAAAUAAUAUCCAGCGUGCUUCAAACGCAAUUAAAUAUGAGGACGAUCCGAGCGACGGAGUAAUCAUUCUCAUCACCAUUGUUCGCUCGAAACGGAUGCCAUUUAUUAUUAAUUUUCUUUCUCUCUCUACUGAUACAGCAUUACUUUGUAUACCGUUAACAACGCCCGUUUUAUACAAAUAGACGACAACAAUAAAAAGUAAUGUAGUGUUGUUGUAUAAGUUAGGACAAGUGUAACAUUGUAGAUAGUUUAAGGGAACAGAGCAAUCGGUGAUGAGAAUCGACUGCCGACAGUUUUCUAUUUACUCUUAAGAUCAGCAGGCAAUGAUGGGCUAGUGGCCACGUGUAGUCCCUGUGAGGCACGUAGGUAUAGGUCAAAAAAGAUGUGCAUGAGCGUGUGUGUGUGUGUGUGUUUGUAGCGAGUGCCUGCGUGAAGACAAGAGAGUCUUAGCCAGCGAAUGUAAGCGAACGGAACAGCGAGUGUGAGCGACCGUCUCUUUUUGCCUAGCAAUAAAAUAAUAGUUCAAGCUCU